AUGAGCUCUUCUGACCGCAACGAAUCCCCCGAAUCUCCCGAAUCUUCUGGCGCCGCUACGCCCAACAAUCCUAAUCGCGCCUCUGCAUCAUACAUCACCAACAUGUGGACCGGCCUCAUCCGUCGCUUCUCUAGUGAGGGUUCGUUCCCUAGCCAGGCCGACACCGCCUACGAAGACGACUACAAGUACCACAAUGGCAAUGGCACAAAAGACGGUAUAAACGGUGUCUUCACACCCGUACGCCGUACAGCGAGCCCCCUUCGUCCUCCACCUCUGGAUCCUCUUGUAUUGCAUGGCUAUCGUCAGGGCACGCCCACGUCGGCCAAGUUGCUGACAGCCGCUGUCGCGGAGGAGAUUCGCACCAUGGUCCCUGAGCGUCUACGCAUCGUAGACGACUGGCAUCUGGUAUAUAGCCUCGAGCAGGACGGCGCGAGCUUAACAACUCUUUAUCAGCGCUGUCGACAAUAUGAGGGCAAACGAGCUGGUUUUGUCCUGGUCGUCAAAGACCUGGAAGGAGGGAUCUUUGGCGCAUACCUAUCCGAAUACCCUCAUCCUGCGCAUUCGUACUUUGGCAACGGCGAAUGCUUCCUCUGGCGAGCCUCGACUAUCACGCCUCUCCCUCCGCCUCCAUCGGCUGAUACGACAAACCUGAACUCUCGAAUUACAACGCUCGCCCCGCCACCGCCUUCGUCAGAGAGCAACACCCCUACACAUUCUCGCGCGCCGUCGCCUACACCUAGCGAAGCUGUCAGGUUCAAAGCAUUCCCGUACAGCGGUCUGAAUGACUUCUGCAUUAACUGCGAGACCGGCUUUCUAAGUGUUGGAUCAGGCGGUGGGCAUUAUGGGCUGUGGUUAGAUAAUGGGCUUGAGAACGGACAUAGCUCAAGGUGCGAGACCUUUGGUAACGAACCUCUGAGUGACGAGGGAACCAAAUUUGGCGUCAUCGGAGUCGAACUCUGGGUUAUGGGCGUAUGA